AUGCAGGUGGAUAGCACAACAACGGUUGAGAAGAAAGCUGUAGAGCCAGAGGCUGCGUUUGAGAUUCUAGUAAACCCAGCUCAAGUAGUCCCGGCUCAAGAGAAGUGCAUUAAGCUACUUGAAGAUAGCAGAUACGUGCCAGUGAAGCUAGCUCCAGCAGGUUUUGUUAUUCUCAAGGAAUUGCGUGAACACGAGCCAGAGGUUCUCUCUCUGACCGAUGCACCAACAACUUCAACAGCUUCUCCUGCAACUGGUGCAGCGGUGGCUACACAAGGAACAACAGCCUCGGCUAUGGCUGUAGAUGACAAGCCACAACCUCCACAAGCCUUUGAAUACGCUUCAUGA